CUUGCCACACUAGCCACACGCUGUUUUCUCCGGACAGUCAGCACCAUCAUAUUGAUCAGCACCUCGCCUACCGACCAAAGCAGCUGCACGCUCGCUCUACAGAUUCUUAAUCUUGAAAACUUAUUUCUUCUGAUCCAGAACCUUUCAAGGAAACUCCUAUGAUGGCCUUCCAGACAAAACCGACUUUCGACUUGCUUCUGUUGGGCAAGACUGGCCAUGGCAAAUCCGCAACUGGCAACUCUAUCUUGGGGCGGAAAGAGUUUGUAGCCUCCUCCUCCACGUCUUCGGUGACUUUUAACGUCAGAGCGGCUUGGGCAGAGCGUGAAAGUUGCUUCAUUAAAGUCAUCGACGGUCCAGGGAUUGGGGAAACCCGACUGAACGUGGAAAAGGCUGUGAAGAAAUCGAUCACGGACAUGGCCAAAGCGAUGACCAUGUGCACUGAAGGCUUCCACGCUAUGAUAAUUGUUUACAGGUUCGGCAUUCGGUUCACAAAAGAAGAACAGGACAGUUUAAACUUCCUCAAAGGCAUGCUGGGUCAUGACGUGUUUCGGAAGUACGGCGUGUGUGUGAUGACCUGUGGCGACAACUUUCUAGACUCGAUGGAGGAAGAUGGAACCCCAGACAUGACGCCUCUUGAAUGGUGCAAAAAGCAAGACAACGACUUUGCCAAUUUCAUCCAAGAAUGCGGCGGGCGGGUUGUGUUGUUCAACAACCGAUCGAGAGAUCCGAACACAAAGUGGGAACAGGUGGAACAGUUAGUUAAUGUUGUGAACGCGCUCCCUAACAACGGCGUUCGCUACACCAACGCCCAGUUUGUCCAAAUGGACGGCGAGCGCAAAAAGUUGAUUUUGAAAUCAAAGCUACCUCAGAUGGAAGAAAAAAUUAAGAAGCAAUGCAACCUUCUGACACAAUCCUUAGAAGAAAUCAAAAUCGACCAGGUGGAUGCUCCACUACAGGUGGCGGAUCUAAAGAUGAAAGCAAAUCAGCUGAUAGAGGAAAUCUAUCUGGCGGAUCAGGGAACCGGUGUUCUCCAACCUCUCAAGGCAAUCGUAGAGUCCUUUUUGUACAUUACAGACAAGUUUGACCAGGCGCAGCGCGAAAAAGACCAAAAGAAAUAUGCAGACCAACUAAAGAAAAUGAAAGAGGAAUUGGCAGAGAGCAAAAGGAAGUUUGAUGAAGUUCAGGAUGAAUUGCAGAAAAAGGCAGAAAAGGGAGGGUUUUUUGACUCUUUGGUCAAAUUUGGAGAAGGCGUUUUAGCUCCUUUAGAAUAUCUGGGGAGAAAAGCUGUUGAAGGUGUGACGUAUGUUGGGGGAAAAGUAGUCGAUGGUGUGGUGUAUGUUGGGGAAAAAAUAAUGGAAGGUGCGGAGUAUGUUGGGGAAAAAGUAAUGGAAGGUGCAGGGGUUGUUGGGGAAAAAGUGACCGAAGCCACGGUGAACAAACUUAUUAAGUGAUUGAAACAACAACAACAAUAAUGAAAGAAAGGCUGCUUAUACAGCAAACUUAGUAACAGGCGUGGCUAUAUAAAACAUUUAUGAAAGUCGAUAUGUUGAACUGCAAAUCAUUGAUAACACAAUCUUUACCCAAGACCCCCCCCCCCCUUUAAAAAGACCCCCCCCCAAACAAACAAACAAACAAAAAAUAAAUAAAUAAAAAAUAAACAAAACAGCUACAACAACAAAAAACAACCCAACUUACAUUCAGUCAUUCAUUCAUCUCCUUACGUCUUCUGUCCUAAAAGAAGUAGGCCUUCUGGGACUUCAAUAACCAGGCACUUCGUGUACUUCGCCAAUCACCUCGGCCCUUCUCUCUCUCUCUCUCUCUCUCUCUCUCUCUCUCUCUCUCUCUCUCUCUCUCUCUCUCUCUCUCUCUCUCUCUCUCUCUCUCUCUCCCCUCCCCCCCUCUCUCUCUCUCUCUAUCUCUCUCUCUCUCUCCACUAAUUUCGUAAAUUCACAUAAUGCACUGUAAAGUUGUCAGUUUCUUUUUAAUCAAAAAUGUUACAGGUACAGUAUAAAGAUUUCAAAGAUUUGUUGAUUUUCUUUUUUUGUAUGGAAAUACACAUAUAUAGAUAGGUCUAUUGUUAGUGCUUGUUACAUAAUGAUGAUGAUGAUGAUGAUGAUGAUGAUGAUGAUGAUGAUGAUGAUGAUGAUGAUAAUGUUGGUGAUGGUGAUGAUGAUGCUAUUGUAUUUGCUAGCUAGCUAUAGAGUUUUGUUUUACACGUGUGAUCUGUAUACAACUUGAUUUUAAAAUACAUUAAAACUCAAUUUCAGAGUGAUGAACAAUAUUUAGACGUGUUGUGCUUGUUACACUUUGUUGUUUUUAUGUUACACUAGAAACCGAACAAAUAAGAGAUGAA